CUCCCAACCGCCUCCUAACCGCCUCCUGCUGGGAUCCGCGCCGCGCCGAACCGAACCGAGCCGGGCCGAACGGAACCGAGCCGGGCCGAAGGGAACCGAGCUCCCUCGCCAUGGCUGAGCAGGAGAGAGCGGAAUGGGAGAACUUGAACAAGCUGUUAGUGCAUCAUGGAUUGAAACCCGUGAGCUUCGCUGCGCUGGGAAGCAACACAAACACAUCAGGCACAGUUGUCCUAGACAAUCAGGCUUCUCAGGGGAUAAGACUGGCCUUAAAAACGCUGGUGGAAGACACGGACCGACAACAGAAAAUGAUGUGUGGGCUUAUGGAGGUGAAUCGCAAGCUUAGAGACGAGGUACGCCAGGAGCGAGGUCGGGCAUCUCGGCAAGAACAGCGGGCUAACGAUUUGGAAAACGUGGUGAAGAACAUUAAGGCCAAGAUUUGUCAGCUGGAAGAUGAGACGAUAGCUAAAGUUUGUCAGCAGCAGAAUCAAGUCAAAGAGCUUCGAAAAGAUCAAGAAGUUUCACAGGCCAAGUACCAACAGCAACAGGAAAAGCUGCAAGAACAGGAGGAGACUAUUGCCCGUCUGCAGAGGGAGCUGUGCAAGGUUGGGGUGGAGGAGCAGCAGCGUGUCGCCACUCAAAGCAAAAUGUUCUGCCAGUUCUGCAAAAGGGCACCCAAGACUCUCCUGGAUCAGCAGUUUCUUUGUUUAAUUGAUUAUUAUGAAUCUCAAAUUAAUCAAAUGAAGAAGGAAUUAAGGUUGUACAAAAAAGAUGAAGAUCAUGCACAGAGAGAAGUAAAAAGGGAAGAAUUCUUAAAUCUAGAUGCUUCUCCUAAUUACAGAGCACUACUCACGUCUUUCCAGAAUCAACUUGUUGAAACAAGAGCCAGGAAUGAGCAACUUUUGCUUGAAAAUAUAAAUCUCAAGAAAGAUUUGGAAAUCAGGCCAACUGCACAGGAACUCAAACUUUACAAGCACCAAGUGAAGAAACUGGAAAAAACUUUAAAGAAAACUAUCCAGUCCUCAGGGAGCAGCCCCGGAGACAGAGUAAAAGGGCCUGAAGAAGCCGAGCGGGUCCCCGGGGAGCAGCAGCACCUACAGGUUUUGUCCAGUAUUGAUGCUGUUGUUAGAAGUCAAAGAGCUCCUCCGCUAAUAUACAGGCACAGUAAAGGGCCAGCCCAAAAUUGUGUUAAAGAGAAUGGACAGGAAUGUGGAUUUGAGCACCUUCUUCCCACCAUAGAAAUGUGGGCARACCAGCUGAUGGCUGUAAAGGAUUUGCAUAGAUCCUUGAGAAAACUGUCCCUGGAAGUGGUGCCCUGGCACCUGACAAACACCCAGGAUAGCAGGGAGGCCGUCCGAGUUGAAGACCUGCAGUUCUUGGUAGAUGCAAUGUUAGAAGAACUGGAAAAUAAGGAGAAGAGCAGCCAGAGCCCGUCCUUGCAGACGCUGCUUGCAAUGGUCUCCCACUUCCAGAAGCUGUUUGAUGUGACCUCCCUGCACGGCGUUUACCCGCGGAUGAACGAGGUCUACACGAAACUGGGGGAAAUGACCAACGCUAUGAGGAAUCUCCAUGAGCUCCUGCAGCUAGACACCUCUGCUCCACCCACGGUGGUAGUGGAUACUGUUGGGAAACUGUGUGACAUAAUCAAUGAAAAUGUGACUGAGCGGGUGCAGCAGCUUCUGGGGACACAAGACAUCCACAGUAUAAUCAAUAAGCUGGAAGAACACGAAUGCUUCUUUCCCCCCUUUCAAGCUCUCAUUCAGGAUUUGCUCUGCCUUCUAGCAAGUGAGGAAAAUACAAGUAAAUUCUUUUUGAAAAUGGGACUGCAUGUGUUCAGUGCUGUUAUCCAUUAGAUGAGAGAGAAAAAUCUGCACUGAAAGUACAGAAAGGUUGGAGGAGAUUAUUCUCAGUGGUACUUGCUCACCAGUUUUAUUUCUCAACACUGAAGCUGGAAUGUUGGUGGACCUUCUACAUCUCCCUGCUUUA